GCCUCACUGUUACCACCAUUAACCCGUCUGCAUGGCCAGCACGGUGGUCGUGGGAAGUAAGGAGAAGUUGGUGUUUGCAGUCAAUGGAGAGAGGGUGGAGCUGUCUGGAGUCGAUCCCUCGACCACACUCUUGGAGUUCCUUCGUCUUCAGACUCCUUACAAGGGAGCCAAGCUUGCGUGUGGAGAAGGUGGCUGUGGUGCUUGUGUAGUCCUUAUCUCCAAAUAUGAUAGGCAAAGGAAACAGGUAGAAGAUUUUGCGGUUAGUUCAUGCUUGACUCUUCUAUAUAGCCUAGACGGUUGUUCAAUUACUACCACUGAAGGCCUAGGAAACUGCAAAGAUGGGUUCCAUUCAAUUCAUGAAAGAUUUGCAGGCUUUCAUGCCUCCCAGUGUGGUUACUGUACACCAGGGAUGUGCAUGUCCCUUUUCUCUUCUCUUGUUAAUGCAGAUAAAAGCAGUCGACCAGACCCAGCUCCGGGUUUCUCCAAGCUUACGGUAUCUGAAGCAGAGAGUGCAAUUGCAGGCAAUUUAUGCCGCUGCACUGGCUAUCGUCCUAUUGUUGAUGUCUGCAAGAGUUUUGCACAAGAUGUUGAUAUGGAAGAUCUGGGACUAAAUUCAUUUUGGAGAAAAGGAGAGGGUGCAGAUGUAAAGAAACUACCCAUGUAUAUCCCUAAUGAAAUAUGUACAUUUCCAGACUUCCUAAGAUGUUACUCGUCUGGUCCUCCUCUAGUAAAUACUAGCACAUUUGAAAACAAGAUCUCAAGAAAGGAUCAAUGGUUUACUCCAUCAUCUAUGGUCGAACUUACGAAUAUAAUGGAGUCUAUGACAGAAAAAAUGGAACUGGUUGCUGGGAAUACAAGUUCUGGUGUUUUCAAAAGGAUGCGCUACUUUCACCAUUACAUUGAUUUGACACAUAUUCCAGAGCUGUUGAGGAUUAGAAGGGAUGACUAUGGCAUCGAAUUUGGGGCAACUGUUACAAUUUCCAAAGUCAUAGACACACUACUAGGAGAAGAAAUGGUAUUAGGAAGUGAAAGAGGGUUGGUGUUUAGGAAAAUAGCUAAUCAUCUAAACAAGGUAGCAUCAAAAUAUGUACGAAAUACUGCAAGCUUGGGAGGGAAUUUGAUCAUGGCACAAAGGAAACAGUUCCCUUCUGAUAUUGCCACAGUUCUCCUUGGUGUCGGCUCAUGUAUCAAGUUACAGACAAGCACUGGACAACUGACUCUUUCUCUGGAGGAAUUCUUAGAGAUGCCCCCGUGCAGUUGUAAUAUGAUCCUUGUAAGUGUUCAUAUCCCAAUCUGCACUCAGGAAAAAUCUAUUAAUAAUGGUAUCAUCCACAGGAGAAAUGCCAAAGAACCUAAAUUGAUAUUUGAGACAUAUAGAGCAGCUCCACGCCCCCAUGGAAAUGCAAUUGCAUAUCUCAAUGCUGCUUUCUUGGUAGAGGUUUCAAAUGAUAAACUAUCAGGUGAUGUUGUUCCAGAACGUCUAAGGCUGGUCUUUGGUGCAUAUGGUACUAAACAUGCAGUCCGGGCAACAAAGGUCGAGGAAUUUUUGGCUGGAAGGAUUCUCACUCCACCUGCAUUACUUGAGGCCAUACAAUUGCUUCAAAAAAUCGUGGUGCCUGAGGCAGGCACGCCAUUUCCUGCCUACAGAUCAAGUUUAGCUGCUAGUUUUCUUUUUGCUUUCCUUCAUCCACUUGUUAAAGGUUUAGAAGGACCUAAAUGGAACAUUGGAUCUAAUAGAUGUUGUGAUGGUACAAACACUGAUGCUCCAUUCUGUGACUUUGGUACUAAAUGUUCAAAUUAUUCAAGGAGCAAUAACAGUCAGCCAGAACUCUCUAUGAAUUUGGAUAAUGGGAGAACUUCGAGUACCAAAUCACCAUAUGAACAUAUAGAGAGAGUUAAUGUGAUGUCUGGAAGGCAAGUGAUGGACAUCCACAAUGACUGUUAUGCAAUUGGUGAACCUACUAAGAAAGUUGGAGCCGAACUCCAAGCAUCUGGUGAAGCAGUAUAUGUGGAUGACAUUCCUUCUCCAAAGGACUGUUUAUAUGGUGCAUUUGUUUAUAGCACGAAACCUUUGGCGCAUGUAACGAAGAUUGAAUUGAGCUCUAGUUCGGCAUCUCAAGGGUUUGUUACACUUGUUUCAGUUAAAGAUAUUCCAAAGGGAGGACAAAAUGUGGGAUCUCAGACACUAUUCGGGAGUGAACCCUUAUUUGCUGAUGAUAUUACUGAGUUUGUUGGUCAACCACUUGGUCUUGUGAUUGCAGAAACACAAAAAAAUGCAUGUAUUGCUGCUGAGAAUGCAAGCGUGUACUAUGAUACUGCAAAUCUAGAACCUCCAAUUUUGACCAUUGAAGAUGCUGUAUUAAGAUCUAGCUUUUUCCAUGCCCCACCUUUUUUCGUCCCACAACAGAUUGGGUGUUUCUCAAGAGGAAUGUCUGAGGCUGAUCAUACAAUUCACUCAGCUGAGGUGAACAUUGGCUCACAAUAUUAUUUCUACAUGGAGACACAGACAGCACUUGCCAUACCAGAUGAAGAUAAUUGUGUGGUCGUUUACAGCUCCACGCAGGUUCCUGAGACGUGCCAAGUUGUAGUUGCCAAAUGCCUUGGUAUUCCAGAGCAUAAUGUGCGUGUAAUCUCAAGAAGAGUUGGAGGUGGAUUUGGUGGGAAGGCCUUCAGAUCCAUUCCUGUUGCAACAGCAUGUGCGUUAGCAGCCCAUAGGUUACGUCGACCUGUUCGAAUGUAUCUUGACCGUAAAACAGAUAUGACAACAGUAAUGGGAAGACACCCUAUGAAAGUGAAGUAUUCGGUAGGUUUUAAAGAAGAUGGGGCCAUUACUGCACUGCAUGCCGAUAUAUUAAUUGAUGCAGGGGUAUCAGCAGAUGUCAGUCCAGUUAUACCAUUAGCUGUAGUAGAAGCCAUGAAGAAGUAUAAUUGGCAAUCCCUUUCUUUUGACUUCAAGAUAUGCAAGACUAAUAGUCUAAGCAAGUCAGCUAUGCGUGGCCCAGGAGAUGUACAAGGUUCAUUUAUUGCUGAAACUGUUAUUGAACAUGUGGCAUCAGAACUCCGCAUGGAAACCCACCAUGUGCGAAAGGAAAAUUUGCACACGUUUGCAAGUCUUAAAAUGUUCUAUGGGAACAGUUGUGGAGCAACCCCUGAUUACACAUUGCCUGUGGUUUUGGACAAGUUGAUUGAAUCCUCAUGCUUCUAUAGUCGAGCUGAAAGUGUAAGACAGUUCAAUAGCUGUAACAGAUGGAGAAAACGUGGAUUAUCUAUCUUGCCUAUCACGUAUGGGGUCAUGUUGAGGCCAACACCUGGAAAAGUAAGCAUUCUCAAUGAUGGUUCAGUUGUUGUUGAAGUUGGAGGCAUUGAAUUAGGUCAAGGACUCUGGACAAAGGUGAAGCAAAUGACUGCAUUUGCUCUUGGUAAUUUAUUAAAUGACAUAAGUAAAGAACUUCUGGAUAGAAUACGUGUUAUCCAGGCAGACACUUUAAGUCUAGUACAGGGAGGUUACACUGCUGGGAGCACCACAUCUGACUCGAGCUGUGAAGCUGUGCGUUUGGCAUGCAAUGUAUUGGUGGAAAGGCUCACACCUAUAAUGGUAAAAUUGCAGGAGGGCGUUGAAAUUGUUUCAUGGGAUGCUUUGAUACUCCAGGCACAUCGUCAAAUGGUGAACCUAUCAGCAAGCACUUACUGGGUUCCUCAUCCUGCUUCACUUAAAUAUCUGAACUAUGGUGCUGCAGCGAGUGAGGUGGAGGUAGAUCUUUUAACAGGGUCUACCACUAUUUUGCGUACAGACAUAACAUAUGAUUGUGGAUUAAGUCUCAAUCCUGCUGUAGAUCUUGGACAGAUAGAAGGUGCAUUUGUUCAAGGAAUAGGUUUCUUUAUGAUGGAAAAGCAUGUCACAGACUCUGAUGGGCUAGUGUUAUCAAAUGGUACAUGGACAUAUAAAAUUCCUACGGUUGACACAGUUCCACGACAGUUCAAUGUUGAAAUAUUAAGCAGCGGCCAUCACAAAAAUCGUGUUUUGUCAUCCAAAGCUUCUGGAGAACCGCCAUUACUUCUGGCAGCUUCAGUGCACUGUGCAGCAAGGGAAGCCAUAAAGGCAGCAAGAAGUGAUAUGCGUACUUACAGUAAUUCUGAGACGCCUUCGGUAUUCUUUAGGAUGGAUACUCCUGCUACCAUGGACUAUAUCAAAGAACUAUGCGGCUUAGACAAUGUUGAGAGAUACUUGCAGAGUGUGAUCGCCAACAGCUAAGGCAUGCCUGAUGCUGUGUUUCACAUGUAGUUGCAUGAAUUCGUAUGCCGAGAUUUCCUGGUUGUGUCA